UUUGCAUCACAGUGAAAAACUAUCUUCAUUAUUAGGUGAAUAAAAGUAACGGAGCUGGAGGAGGAUGCUUCAGAAACUCUGAUCUGCGGAAUAACUCCGGACGUCGCGUCAAAAACAACAGGACGGAUAAAGUUCAUUUCGGAUCCUGCAGCCAGACUUUGACGUAACUUUCCCUCGGACACCAGGAACCGACUGAGACUCUUCAUGGAGGAUUUCCCUGAGGAGGAAUAGAGAUUUAAAAAGAUAAUAAUUCUGGAUUUUGGAGUUAAAUGUAAGAAAAGUUUGGGGGGAAACAUUUCCAGAUGUGUUUUCUGGAGCCAACAGGAGCUGACUGAUGAAAUAUACUCACACCCCAAAGAGGAAAAGAAACGUUCUCUUCAUUCCUUGGAUUUAAUAUAUUUCAUUAUCGUCCUUAUAAUAAACUUUUGAUCCACUUUACCAGUUCUGCUCCUCUGGGAUUUGUUUUAUUCUAACGAACCCUCCCAGCUGAAUAACGGGAUUUAAACGUAGUUCCAUUGGAUGUAAGGACUCGUUCACACCGGAGGAGACAGAAUGAAGGAGCCGUUUUAAUUAAUAACAGCAGGAUUUGAUGGUGAACAUGUUAUUCAGGUGAAAUCCUCGGAACCUCGCCAGGGAAGCCCAAUGAGUGUCACACAGUCCACACUCACUGACAGGACCCCAAACAUUCUCAACAAGGAUCCCACAGACAAGAAGGCUAAGAAUGACAAAUCCCCCGUCUCCCUCAAACAUGAAUUUGACCCAACAGGUCUCGUCCAGCGUUGCGUGAUAAUCCAGAGAGAUGAAAAUGGCUUCGGGCUGACGGUGAGCGGAGACAACCCUGUGUUUGUGCAGCUGGUCAAAGAAGAUGGAGCUGCGAUGCGAGCUGGUGUUCAGACCGGAGACAGGAUCAUUAAGGUCAACGGGACCUUAGUCACACAUUCAAACCACAUAGAGGUUGUAAAGCUGAUAAAAUCGGGUUCCUAUGUGGCCCUCACGGUGCUGGGGAGGCCCCCGGGUCUCCCUCAGAUCCCCCUGGGGGAGGAAGAGGAGGGUGAGGGUGACGAAGGGGCCGAGCUCGGUUCACCCUCGUCCCUCUCGCUGCAUCACUCCCCUUUGCUGUCAGGUGUGGAUCCGUGCAGCCCUCAGGAGAACAGCGCCUCCCCUCUGCCUGAUGGGGAUGAGAGCAGAACCACACUCAGCCACAAGAUGGACAGUUUGCAGAAGCUGCUGACCAGACAGCAGCUGGACCUGGAGGUGAAGGAGGAGGAGUGCAGCAGGAACCCUGGACCGAAGCUGGUGAAGGAGAUGCAGGAGGUGAAGAAGCAGAUCUCGCUGCUGCAGGAGCAGAUCAGAGGUUUACAGGCUGUGUCCAGGAGUGGUGAGGAGGCCGAGGAGGGGGGGGACAGUGGGUCUCUGCUCAGGGAGCCCACUUCGUCCUCGUGGGGGGACGGCGUCAACGACCGGCUCCAGACGAACAGUCACUCUUUGCUCAGCACUCCCCACCCAGAGAGUCCUGGUAGAAGAGAGACGCCGUGUCAGAGCCCGGACGUCGGCCGGCGAGACGGACUCAACCUCUGCUCGUCGCCCGACACUGAGGAUAACACUGACACUGACUCCGUUGCCCAGUGCAUUGUGGGUAGCCCUCCCUACCUCCUCCACCCCCAGAUCAUCGGAGCAGAAGACGACUACUUUGACUCUCAGCAGGAGCAGAUUAACGGACAGUGCAGCUGUUUCCAGAGCAUCGAGCUGCUGAAGACUCGGCCGGCUCACCUCGCUGUGUUCCUCCAUCAUGUUGUCUCCCAGUUUGACCCUUCACCUCUGUUGUGUUAUCUCUACGCUGACAUGCACAAACAAACCAGCUCCAAAGAGAGUCGACGCUUCUUCAUGGAGUUCCACUCGCUCUUCAUGGACCGAACAGCGAAUCUGAAACUUCCAGUGCCGGAGACGAUUGCAGCAGAACUGGAGAAGCGGAGGCUGGAGUUAAUCCCGGAGGAGUUGUGUAAACAGUACACGCAGCUGCUACAGGACUCGCUGCUGCCGGACCUGCACAGGAACCUGGAGGACUUCAGACAGAAGCGCAGUAUGGGUCUGACUCUGGCUGAGGACGAACUGUCCAAGCUGGACGUCGACGGAGGAAAAGAUCAACAGGGUUUAGAGAAGGAAUGUUCCUGUGCCGAACACAUCAUCUCCAAGAUAGAGGACAUCCUGUUGACAACACAGCCGUCAGAGGAGGAGAAGUGUCAGACGAUGCAGUACGUGGUUCUCACCUACAUGAAGCACCUCGGGGUCAAGGUGAAGGAGCCGCGCGGACUUGAACAUAAACGAGCACGAAUCAACUUCCUGCCCAAGAUUAAGAGGAGCAUCAAACCUGAGAGAGAAGGUGAAGAGAAAGUGAAAAAGCCGAGAUUCCCAAACAUCCUCGGUCCACCCAGACGCCUGAGCAGAGUGGACUCAACGUCAGUGGGUAAAGCCGUUGAGCUGAACAAGCAGCGGUCACCUAAGCAGCCCCCCCAGCCGGCCGUCAGCAUCCCGGAGCAGCCCGACUCCUCCUCCGCCUUCACGUCUUCCUCCGGACGGAUCCGUGGGAGUCUGCUCAGCGACGGGUCGGACGCUGGUCUCCAUGUUUCACCUUCCACCUCGUCCCCGGGUCACAGCUCGCCCUCGGCUCAGGCCUCGGACACCAGCGGACACGACUCCGACUCCAAUCUGUCUCCUUUCCCCGUCCAGCCCAGACUGGGCGAGGGUCUUCAGUGUGGAGACCAGCAGGAGGGCGUCGCCAGCCCCACCCAGUUCGACUUCAGCCCCUCCAACCUGGAGCAGCUGCAGGAGGAGGAGCAGGAGACCUUCAGCAGGAUGGAGGCGCCGAGCGCGGCGGCCACUUCCACCGACACGCCGAGCGAGGACGAGCAGGGCGGCGAGGCGGAGUGCGAGGAGGAUCCUCUGACCUGGCAGGCGCUGGUCAGCCGCGGCGUCCUGGACAGUCUGACGCCGCAGGAGAUCAAACGGCAGGAGGUCAUCAACGAGCUGUUCUACACCGAGCGCGCCCACCUGCGGAUGCUGAAGGUGCUGGACUGUGUUUUCUACAAAAGGCUGAACAGACACGGCGUCCUCCCCCCCGACGACAUCAGACACAUCUUCAUUAACCUGCAGGAGAUUAUUCAGCUGCACGUUUCCAUAACAGAACAGAUGACGGCCACCAGGAAGAGGAGCGAGACGUCGGUGAUCGGACAGAUCGGAGACGACCUGCUGGCCUGGUUCAGCGAGGACGAAGAGGAGAAGAUCAAACGAGCGGUGGGAACGUUCUGCAGUAACCAACCUUCUGCUCUGGAGCUCAUCAAGAGCAAAAAGAAGAAAGACCAGAGGUUCAACUUGUUCAUGCAGGAAGCCGAGAGCAACCGUCUGUGUCGCCGGCUGCAGCUCAAAGACAUCAUCCCUGUAGAGAUGCAGCGACUGACCAAGUACCCGCUGCUGCUGGACAACAUCGCCAAGUACACAGAGGACGGUGAGGAGAGGGAGAAGGUGAAGAAAGCUGGUGAAUGUUGUAAAAAGAUCCUGAACCACGUCAACCAGGCGGUGAAGGAGGCCGAGAACAAACAGAGGCUGGAGGAGUAUCAGAGGAGGUUGGAUCUCUCGUCUCUCAAGCAGAGUGAAAACCCCAUGAUCCUGGAGCUGAAGAAUCUGGACCUGACCAAGAGGAAGAUGGUGCACGAGGGACCUCUCUCCUGGAAAGUCAAUAAAGACAAGACCAUCGAGCUCUACACUAUUCUGCUGGAGGACAUCUUGGUUUUGCUGCAGAAACAGGACGAGCGUCUGAUCCUCAAGUUCCACGGGAAGAAUCCGGCCAGCGCUACCGACACCAAGAACAUCUUCAGCCCCAUCAUCAAGCUCAGCACCGUCCUGGUUCGUCCUGUGGCUACUGACAACAAGUCGUUCUUCGUGCUCUCCAUGUCGGACAACGGCGCUCAGAUCUACGAACUGAUGGCUCAGACCGUGUCCGAUCAGAGAAUGUGGCAGUGUCUGAUCACGCAGUGUGCCGAGGCCAUGAAGGACAAACCCCCCCACAGCGACUCAGCUCCAGCUCAGACCGAUGCCGAGCGCGAUGCCAUCGAGAUCAUCAACGGUGGAAUGAACAGGUCGAGCAAAGAGUCCAACGGGACAACCAGCUCAGAAAAAGAUGCCAACUCUUCUCCAGAGACUCAAGCUCCACCGGCGAACAUCGGCCCGUUUAACGGCUUGAAAUCCGAGGAUGAGGAGGAGGAGCUGGCUACGGCCGACCGACAGGAGGAAGAGGAGGAGCUGGCUGCGGCCGACCCACAGGAAGAGGAGGAGCUGGCUGCGGCCGACCCACAGGAAGAGGAGGAGCUGGCUGCGGCCGACCCACAGGAGGAGGAGGAAGAGGAUGAAGAGCUGGACGAAGCAGAACUCGAGGCCUUCCUGGACGGACAGCUGGCCGACAGACUGCAUCAGGAGGGCUCGCGUCAGGGAAUCGCCAUCGAGAACCUGGAGGAGGACGAGUUUGGCGCCCCCCCGUCCAAAGCUGAAGACGCUCUCAGGACGUUGGCAGUGCUGAAGCAGGCUCUCUUCAACCACAUGCUGAGCCGGGAGGCGGAGGAGGAGAAGGAGGAGACCGAGGAGUUAAAGCCCAGUGGGGGGGCCCUCGGGUGUCAGCGGGGGGGCUCCCUGUCUGGGGGCCACGAGGGUCCGACGUGUGAAGAGAGCCAGACUUCUUCAGGUUCCACCCCGGACGACUCCCAGAUCCCGUCUGAACACGCAGGCCUGUCGGAGGCCACCGAACACAACGGUGGUUUCAUGGUUCUGGACUUCGGCGCAGGAUCCGAGGAGAGCAGCACCGACGAUGACGGGGGAUUGGAAGGCGACGCGGGGAUCGACAUGAGGAAGCUGCUGUCCUCCUCCUCGCAGACAGGGGGCGGUGGUCCCAACCUCAGCCGGCAGCUUAUGACUCACCUGCGCCUCCUACAGGCCGACCUGCAGCAUCUGAAGGAGGUGGAGCUGAAAUACAACGAGCUGCGACAAACACACAGUGACACAACUACUGACUCGGACGACAACAAUGACGCGACCCAGUGACGACCGACUCGUCUCCCUCCCGUCGUCGUAGGAACCAAGUCCACGUUCCUCCAUGAUCACUUUCCUCUGGAUCUCCAGCCUCUGAACUCUUGAACAGUGGAGGACUUGUGUGUCUCUGCUCCCGCUUCAGGCACAUAUGACAAUCAGUGGAUCAUUUUUCACCGUCGUCGUUGAUCCAGGUUUUGCUCCAGAGACUUUGGAUUCACUGGAGGACAAUUCAGUCACAUUUUGCUUUAAUAAUAAUCAUCUACAUAAGUUAUCUUUAAACACUGGAUGUAUGAAAAGGAAAAGUCGAGGGUGUGAACUGUGAAGUCGCACAGAUGCACAUCAGAGGAGGAGAAGAGACUCUGACAGAAGGAUUCUCUGAUGUAGGACUCGGAGCACUGCUGUAAGCUUGAUGUAAAUGUGUAAUAAGAGAUGAGCUGAACCUCACGCUACAUAUACGUUGAAACACACACUGCUUAUUUUAUACACACUUAAAUAUCUUCUCCACAAACUUAUUGGGUUUCUAAAAAUCAGCCAAAUUCAUAGAAUACAUUCACCCUUUACUUCUCCACAGGUUUUGAGCCUUGUUUAGCAUGAACAUUUGAAUUUAAAAGAUGGAAUUGGACAUUUUGAUGCAGCUUGUUGCAGAAAUUUUAUUUUAUUGAGCAGAAUCUGCCCGUAACGCAUCUUUUUUUUUUUGAAUGUUUCUCCCACUCUGGCCAUGGAUUUAGCAUUAUUGUCACAGAUUUAGAAAAGAAAAGAACAUUCUGAACUUUUCCUGCAAGAACCUGAAAUGAUGCCGUUAAAAAAACGUGAUAAGAGGCUUGUCCAUGGAACAUUUUCAUUUUCACUGUGAAGGGUUGAACCUCAUUUCUUUGGGGGAAGAUUUCCAAAGAACAAUUGUCCCACUUGCAGUUGUACUAACUGUUAUUUGUUUAGUGGUCGUCUUAUUAGUUUGUUUUCCUCAGCAGAUAACGUACUAAUACAAUGUGGAUUAGCCUCGGACUUGAAAGUGCCUGUUUGAAUCUUCCCGUAGCACUUGAAUGCAGCAUCAUAUGGAAAAAAACAAUAACCGUGGUCAAAUGUUAAAAUCACACGUAAAAGUUCAUUGUUCCUGAUUUCUCAAACUCAACAUCUGUAAUAAUCUGUACAAAAUGUUCACUGGCCACUUCACUGCAAAGAGUUCUGGACAAAAUGUAAACAGACAAGAUAAAAAAGAAGAUACUAACCUAAAAAGUAUAUAUAAACAAAAAGGAUUGUGUUGAACAGUUUAUCAUGUAAAAUAUAAUGUACAUUUAUGACUAUAUGA